UGACCUCUUUUCCAGGGUCUAUUCCCACCUCACGCCCUGUGUUCCCGUAUUGGCUCAGGAUCCACCGCGAUACUGACCAGGAUAAAGCACUUACUGAAGAUGAACAAAUGAUCAAUGUACACACAUUUCCAUCUCUCCCACAUGCACUUAAAUACAUUCAACAGCCCAAUCCACAGCCAUUUUCACAUUUAGUAAAAGGACCAUGCAGAAGUUACAUGCAGAUCACUUACCUGAGCACACUUCUCACAAGUUUUUGGUAGCAGGUGUUGGAAAAAAUCAAAUGUGAUUCAUCUGAAAAUGCAACAAAAACAAUGAAUACAGGAAAAUAUGACCAGACGUACCAAGAAUAUGGAUUUUCAUCAGUUAUUGUCAAUGUUGUCAAUUCUUUGGUGUAGUCUGUAGGUGAUAUUUUUUGGCGGUAUGAAUUUAUCACGUGUGUAUUUGGGAGGUUGGGUUGUGGCCAAAAAACAAACAAACAAACAAAAAAACCCAACCCUUUGACCAUCACCCCAUUCAGGCUAAUCAGCCUACAAUAUCCUCAUACUGUUCAAAGAUUAUACACAAUGGAUACAAACAGGGCGUUUUUUUUUUGUGGCCAAUUCACUUUUUGUUAUUAACUGAAUUAAAGCAUAGAUCGAAUUUAUUUAUACGAUUCAUUUUCUGUUUUGUCAUGCAGGAUCUAACUCUCAGGCCAUUUCUGUAGACACCACCACAUUUUUGUUCCUUUUUGAUGGAAUGUUUGCAGAGCUCGAGUCAUGCCUAUCCGUGACAUUCUUCAUCUUUCUAUCAGUAGCCCCUAAGAGAAACCACCAUCCUGAAUAGGCUGUGGGCUUUUAGCUUGACUAGCAGCUGCUAAAUGAAUCACUCUAUGAGGGUUUUGUAGGAGCAGUGGGCUUCAGGAGCAGGCAAGAGCCAUCGGGACCUAGGGUGGAGUGGAGCGCAAGGAUCACGUCGGGAGCAAGCUGCUGUAAGUGGACUCUGAGCUUAAAGCAGGGCUCGGCCUAGAGAUGCCACUUUAAAGCUGACUAUACUACAGGAACCUGGUGAAGAAUCGGCUUCCCGCAGCACCAUACGCCACUGUCUGAGGAAUAUGUACAAUUAGCAACCGAGUCUCAGAAUUUUCACAAUGCCAGCUUUAAAUAAAAUGCUGGUUCUCAGUGUUCUCUUGGCUUUCUUGGGCUAUACUAAAUGUCAGGAUUUGACAAGUUAUGACCUGCUGGAAGAGUUCCGUUUGGUUGAGAGCAGAGGGGUGAGGCAGGUGAAAGGCUCCGAGCCAGACGCAGUAGCGUAUCGUGUAAACCCCUCCCUGCAUCUAAGGAAGAGCUUGAGCGACGUUUACCCAAAUGGUCUGCCUACUGACUACUCUGUCAUAGCCACUUUCAAGAUAACCAAGGAUGAGGCGAAGGCGUCCUGGAACCUUUGGCAGGUUAGCGACCCCGAGGGCCGGGACCUGGUAGGGCUGCGUUUUAAUGGUGACUCUAGAACGCUGGACUUCUUCUACAGCAGCCCCAGCAAUAUACAGAUGCUGCGCACCUUCCACGGUGUGGAAAAACUGUUCGACGGUGAGUGGCACAAACUGGCGCUCAGUGUGAAGGGAGACCAGGUGAAGCUACUGGUGGACUGUGAAGAAGUGAGCACCGAGCCGCUGGAUGAGCCGAGGCCAGUCAUCCUCCGCGGCUACACCUCCAUCGUCAAGAGAACUGCUGGCGGUCGCUCGGUCUCUGUGGACCUGCAGAGGAUGCGUGUUUCCUGUGAUGCUGACCAGGCCUAUUCUGAAGGCUGCUGUGAGCUCUCCAGUGUGUGUGGAGGACAUGCAGAGAUUGGCCUGAGUGCUAGUAGAGGCAGAGCCACAUGUAAAUGUAUCCAUGGACAGCCAGGUCCGCAGGGAAUUUCUGGUCCAAAGGGUCACAGAGGUCUGGCAGGAGAGCCUGGAGAACCAGGGCGAAUGGGAAACUGGGGGCGACGAGGAGAUGCUGGAGAACAUGGAAACAUAGGCCAACCUGGUCCUAAGGGCUAUGCCGGGAUCAAAGGAGAGAAGGGAAUGCGAGGACUCCGUGGCCCUGAAGGUGACAGAGGGCCUAAAGGCCUGAAAGGUUUACCAGGUGCUGCAGGCCACAAGGGAGUGCGAGGGCCUCCUGGAGAGAGAGGGGAGACUGGGUUGCCAGGAGAGAGAGGUUCAGUGGGAGAUCAGGGGUACCUGGGGAUUCCUGGAUAUCAGGGAGUAAAGGGAGACGAAGGCCCCUCUGGAAAAGAUGGACCUCCAGGACCACAGGGCCUGCAGGGUGUUGUGGGAGAUCCUGGUGAAAGAGGAGAACCUGGAGAAAAAGGAAAGCCUGGUAUACCUGGGCCUAAGGGAAGAGUUGGAGACAUGGGAAUAAAGGGUAUUGUUGGUGAUCCAGGUUUACCUGGAAGGGAUGGAGACCCUGGCAUUGAGGCUUAUCAAGGACUUCAAGGGCCUGAGGGCAAAGCUGGAAAAGUUGGCGACAGGGGUGAGAAAGGUGCUCAGGGCCCUCCAGGGAAUAUGGGUCAUCAAGGACGUCCUGGUCUGCAAGGAUAUAAGGGCUCAGCAGGAAAGCCAGGAAGACCAGGACUCAUUGGGCCACCAGGAAAAACGGGACAUAUAGGAUUACCUGGAAAACCAGGCCCAAAGGGAAGUACUGGUAUUCCAGGAUUUCAAGGUGUAAAAGGGGAAAAGGGUGAGAAAGGACAAAAGGGACCAAAAGGAAGGGUGGGGGAUAGAGGUGAGGUAGGGCCACAGGGAGGCCUGGGGAAGCGAGGGCCAGCUGGAGAUACUGGCCGUAAAGGCAACGAGGGGACCAAAGGUGUCCAAGGAGACGAAGGGCCGGAGGGCUUUCUGGGACCUCCAGGUCCACCAGGCCCACCGCUCUCAGCCCAACAUGUUAUCGAGGUCUGCAAGCGUGUGGCGCUGGAACAGAUGUCCACAUUUGCCAACUCUGUGAAGCGGACAUGUGCUGCUGUGUGUCCACUCUACGGCGAUGUGCCUAUGGGUGCCCCUGGUCCCCCAGGCCAAAAGGGACCACCUGGACCACCUGGUGAUCCUGGCAUUGAUGGUGUUGAUGGAGAAGUGGGGCAGCAAGGAUUCUAUGGAGAGCCUGGUGAUCCAGGCAGACAAGGGGUGCGAGGUGAUCAAGGAGAGAAAGGAGACAAGGGUCUAAAAGGUUAUGGUUUAACUGGUUACACUGGAGACCAGGGACAAAAAGGUCAGCGUGGGCGACCUGGCAGAGUAUUCGAUGGGCGCCCUGGUAAAAUGGGUGAGAGAGGCCAUGUCGGCCGACCCGGACUGAGGGGUCACCCUGGACUACCUGGGGUUCCUGGAGUUUGCCUGACUUCAGGGUGUGGUUUGCUCAAUGGGACUGCUGGUAGCACACCCCAACAAGAACCCCAGAGCUCAUCCCGACGGACAUCACAGAGACAGCGGACACGCCCAUAAUGUUGUAGGAUAACUGCAAUUGUGUAGUGAGACAACCGAUGUAAAUACAUACAUCAAAAUAUACCUCCUCAUCAAAAGACUUUAAGAUUCCAGUAAUAAAGCACAGAACCAUCACAAACGUACAGUAUCAACUGAGAAAUGUAUGUGGCUAACAAUGUAUUGUAAUGAUUACAAAUAUUGUCACAAUGUCUUGUGUUUUUAAAAAGGUAUUUAUGUGGCUUCUGAAUCAUUCGUAUGGAAAAUUCCUCCAGGCUUCAUGAAGGACUUUAUUUUUCCUGUCCGAGUAAGCCCACACGGUUUCAUAACUUCAUGCUCAGGUGAGGGUACUGGGGAAGAUGAUUUAAUACUGUAUCUCAAUAGGUUGUAAUUGUAUUUGGCCAUGGGUUAUUUGUGUUUUUCCAAGCAAGUUUCCCCCCUCCCCAAAGAUACAGCAUCACAGAUCAAAAUCUGUUUUCUCAGUAUACAUCAGACUGUUGAUUUUGACCAGUUCUGCCAUCACUGGUUUAAAUGACCUAGAGACCAAGUCAAAGCCACCUCUGUGGUUGACAAACUUCUCACAUGCUUUUCUUCUGACCUAGUGGUGGCCUUUGUGAGUGAAAGAAAAAAAAAAUACUCAUGGUUGUCAUGCCAUGCUUUAUGAACUCCAGCAUACUAAAAUUUUUCGCCUUGCAGCUAAAAAUUUCAGUUCUCAUUAGCCCUCAAAGAAAUUUUGCCAAAAGAGGAUGAUGUCACUUUAGUGUAUGGAUAUUGUGCCAAAUACUAAGCAAGCAGGGUUUUUUUCCCCCCCAGUUCUUUAAGCAAAUGAUCUUUUGUCCAUCUGAUGCUGACAGUUUUUUGGGUAGGUCACUGGAUGUCAUGUCCUCAACUUGCCAGGUUUUUUUUUCCCCCUCCAAAUUUCCUGGAGAGUUUGAACAUUUCGCAAAUCCAGUAGAGAAGGAUACUGCCGUCUGAUCACAUUCUUUUAGAACAAAUAACACAUGACUUUAUUAAAGUGCAUUUUUAAAGCUCUCCUUCAGCAUUUUUAGCAAGUACCUUACAUUUAUUCUAUUGUAAUAUAAUUUUGUAAUUUUUAUUCACAAAUAGGAAAAAAAUAAAUAAAAUAUUGCCCCAUAUAAAUAGCAUUUAUAAAAAUUUUUUUUUAAAAAGAUCACUGAUAUUUUCCAUCACUUGUGUAUAUAACAAAAUGAUUAAAGUUAUUACUGCUUUCUCAAAGUAUUAUAUAACCCAGCUGCUCCUUAUUAUUUUCUCUGCAAUAAUUUAUUUCCUUCUUUUAAAAGGACAAUUAUUACAUGGCCUGUUUCUAGAAAAAUUGUGAGGAUGAUCCAGUUAUCCUAUGAGUAUCGUCAGUGCUUUCAUUUCUGAUGUCUAGAAUAAAUGUUCUUUUAAUAGCUAGAUAAACUGAACUAGACUAGAUUUAUUUUUUGCUUCUUUGGUUUGUCUACUGAAGCUAAGAUCCUAGGUCAAUUAUAAUACUAAGAUUUCUAACUUGGUUCUGGGUGUUUAAAUUCCUGGAGCUCGAGUAUUACCUUACACCUUUCCUCUUUGACUAUAAAUAAAACUACCCGAUAAUUUAAGAAGAGCCAUGAUAAGCAUUUCUGCUAUAUUGGUAAUUUUGGCCUAAUAAGAACAUAUAGAAUAUACAGUAUCUCACAAAAGUGAGUACACCCCUCACAUUUUUGUAAAUAUUUGAUUAUAUCUUUUCAUGUGACAACA